AUGGGCAGCUCACACAACAGCAGCAACACGAACGACGCCCACGAAAAGAUAAACGAAAGCAACAAUAUCCCAGAACUCGCCCAAACACCUGCACCAGGACAGAGGACAAAGCUCUCACUCGAACGCACAUUCUCAUCCAUCCCUCGUCCACCCUCCCAGGACGGGGACAGCUCGAACAUCAGCUCAUGUCCAGCCCACAAGAGCGACCCGAGUACCGCCGGGGAGAAGGAAACCUGGGUGUAUCCCUCCCCACAGCAGUUCUAUAAUGCACUCGUCCGGAAGGGAUGGGAGACGCCAGAAGAGUCCAUCCCGAUCAUGGUCGAUAUCCACAACUGGAUGAACGAGGCCGUCUGGAACGAGGUCUUACGGUGGGAAUCGAGAUACUUCUUCAAGCCCAACCAUCCGCCAUCCUCAUCAACCACCCCGAUCCAACAGCAGCAACAACGAUCAGAAGAAACAACAGCACCCCCGCGCACACAGCCCGAAAUCACCCUGGUCAAGUUCCAAGGCCGCCCGAACGAGCUCUCGCCCAAGGCCCGCUUCAACAUCCUCCUGUCGAUGGUCUUCCCCAACCUUUACAACCCAGUCAAACCCUUCGACCGCCACGACUGGUCGAUCUCUCGCGAACAUCUGCGCAAUAGCGACGCCCAACAGGUCGAGAAAUCGAAGCUCUGUCGAUACGUGAUCGAUUACUACAACGGCGGGACCGACGAAGACGGCAAUCCUGUCUUCCAUUUCGAUGUCAGGCCGGCGAUAGACGACUUGGAUUCGCUGGUCGUCCGGUUGAAGGAAUGGGCCCGGCUCAAAAACGAGACCUGGUUUGAGAAGAAACGUGACCUGGUGAAAGAGUGA